AUGAGUCCUGACGGAGAGGAGCAUGACAUGUUCUGUCAGAAAGCUGUGACCCUAAUUGUUGACCUCUGCCUCCAGAACCACCAGUUAUUGGACCAGGACACCUGCCAGGACUUCUUGUUUCUGUUGUCCAACCAGAACUCGGACUACAAGGACCCAGAUGUCACUUUUGGCCUCCUCCUCAGCGUGUUUGUGGUGUGCGGACUUGUCCUGUUGACUCUUUGUGCCUUCGCCUCCUGGAAGCUGUGCUGGGUGCCUUACUGGCAGAACAAGGCAGCAGCAGCCCUUUCCUCCAGCUCUCCCCAGCACCAGUUCCUCCCAAGCCCCAACCAGCAGAAGUCACCGGUCACCAUGGCAACGGAGAAAGUGAAGGACCCGAUGGGUUCCGUGGGUUUCCUGGAGGCUGCUGUGAAGAUAAGCCACACGUCACCUGAUAUCCCAGCGGAGGUGCAGCUCUCAAUGAGGGAACACUUUAUGAGGCGUACUCAACGCAUGCAGCGGCAGGCCACUGAGCCUGCUUCCUCCUCCAGACACAGCUCAUUCAAAAGGCACCUGCCCAGACAGAUGCAGUCGAUCAGCCUGGACCUUGGCAAUGACUACUUGGACGAGGACGAGCAGCCCACCAGCAUCGGACGCAUCAAACCCGAGCUCUACAGACAGAAGACCCUGGACACUGACGAGUCCGCCAAGAACAGCAACGCCAAGAACUGUGGGAAGAUCAACUUCUCCUUGAAGUACGAUUAUGAAAAUGAGGCCCUCCUGGUCAACAUCCUCAAAGCCUUCGACCUGCCCGCCAAGGACCUGUGCGGCAGCUCAGACCCCUACGUCAAAAUCUAUCUUCUCCCUGAUCGCAAGAAGUUCCAGACGCGCGUCCACCGGAAGACGCUCAACCCCACGUUCGACGAGUCCUUCCAGUUCCCCGUGCCUUAUGAUGAGCUGGCUGUUAGGAAGCUCCACAUGAGUGUGUUUGACUUUGACAGGUUCUCCAGACAUGAUAUGAUCGGGGAGGUGGUGGUGGAUAACCUCGUUGAGACGUCAGACCUCUCCAGAGAGACGGACAUUUGGAGGGACAUUCAGUACACCACAACUGAGAGCGUGGACCUGGGAGAGAUCAUGUUCUCACUAUGCUACCUUCCCACUGCUGGACGACUCACUCUCACCGUCAUCAAGUGCAGGAACCUCAAGGCCAUGGAUAUCACGGGAUACUCAGAUCCCUACGUCAAAGUGUCUCUCGUCUGUGACGGGAGGCGUUUGAAAAAGAAGAAGACAACAAUCAAGAAGAACACUCUGAACCCCACGUACAACGAGGCCAUCAUCUUCGACAUCCCCCCAGACAGCAUGGACCACGUCAGCCUGCACAUCUCAGUCAUGGACUAUGACUUGGUUGGUCACAAUGAGAUCAUUGGUGUGAACCGUGUGGGGUGCAGUGCUGAGGGGCUUGGCAAGGGCCACUGGAACGAGAUGCUGGCGUACCCACGCAAGCCCAUUGCACACUGGCACCCCCUACUGGAGGCCAAGAAAUCAGAGAAAGAGUGGAAAACGCGGACGGCCAGUUUUGACAGCCAGGGCUCCUGCCCCUCCCCCAGGCGUCCUGCUAGCCCCUGA